AUGACACACAACCAUGCGGGGGGCAUUUCACCCGCCCUCGUCGAGUCCAUCGCCGGGCUGACCGCGGGCUCCGUGGCCACGCUCGUGGUCCACCCCCUCGACAUUGUCAAGACGCGGAUGCAACUGCAUCGCAGCAACGCCCCGACUUCGGCCAGCCUGACCACCCUCUCGCUUGUGCGGUCGCUGGUCCAGAUGCCCCAACCGCUGCGUGCCCUCUACCGCGGCCUGACGCCCAACCUACUGGGUAAUGCCUCGAGCUGGGCCUCCUUUUUCUUCUUCAAGACCCGCGCCGAGCGCGCCAUCCUAGGCCUCAAGGGGUCGCCGUCGGGGCAGGACAGUGCUGUUUCCCUGUCCACUACCGACUACUUUGCCGCCUCUGCCGUCGCCGGCGCUGGUGUCCAGGUCCUGACCAAUCCCAUCUGGGUCCUCAAAGUGCGGAUGCUCUCCUCGGAUCGCGGGGCCGUGGGCGCGUACCCGAGCAUGUGGGCUGGGGCAGCUCAACUGUUUAGAGACGAGGGUCUGAGAGGCUUCUACCGCGGACUCGGCAUCAGCCUGAUUGGCGUGAGCCACGGCGCGGUACAAUUUGCCGUGUACGAGCCGGCCAAGCGCAUCUACUUUGCGCGGCGGCGAAGACGGCUGGACCAAGAAGUCGGUCGGGAUGCCGCCGCUGCUUCCGACAUGCCGCCGCUCAAGCUCAGCAAUGAGGCGACCCUGGUGCUGUCCAGCGCGUCCAAGCUGGUCGCCGGCGCCGUCACGUAUCCCUACCAGGUCAUUCGCAGCCGACUGCAGAAUUUCAACGCCGACGAGAACUAUGGCCGGGGCAUCAGCGGCGUCAUUAGGAGGACCUGGCAGCACGAAGGCAUUCGGGGCUUUUACCGCGGCAUCAUCCCUGGUGUCAUUAGAGUCAUGCCCGCCACUUGGGUGACGUUCCUCGUAUAUGAGAAUAUGAAGUUCUACUUGCCUCAAUGGACAAGAUGA